AGUUCCCUCUCGACUGGUCGGCCAAUGUUAUACAAGACUCUACGCCAUUGUUUCACAUUCAUUCCUGUCGAUAGUUUCUCAUUUCAGCACUCUACUUCAUAGGGUUAUUGAGAUCAUUCGUUUAUGUCGCUACUGAUUUCCUUUACUCGGGUGAUUCGUUUACAUCUUUGCUGAUUUCGUUGCUCCUUUUCGAUAACUCGCAAUAUCUAUACGUUCCGUAAGAAGCUGUGUCGAAAUUAUACAAUUUUUAUAUAUUGUUUAUUUUAAAACAGUGACGGUUAAAUCGAGGUAGGCUGAUAUAAUUCGUAUGCAAUCAAAUAACAAUCGAGUGAAGUUUAGGUAAAAUCCUACAUUAAAUAAAUCCACGAAACAACUACCUUAAGAUACCGAAACCUCCAAAAUCCAAGUGUUAGUAUACUUUCGAUCUUAUCUUCGAUUGUAUCUUCGAUCUCAACUUCGUACAUCUGAAUCUUUAAUUAUACAAGAAAAUUGCAAUUUCAAAUACUUCUCGCCAGUUUUAAUACGUCAAAUAGUGACACUUGCCGUACGACCUAAAUUAAAUCUCGACAUCUCAGAUCUGAAUACGUAUUUACACGAGAGAAUCUCGUUUCGAAGUAUUAGGUUGUCCCGAAAGUUUCUUUCGCGAGUUGCACUCAAUUAUUUGAUGUGACCGUGUUUAUAUAAAUAGGCAAUCUAAUUUCAUAGAUAUUCAUGUUGUAACGGUAAUGGAGCAAAAUGAAUCGUGGACAAUUCAGUAAUGUAACAUAAAACAUAAAAUAUCGUGCAUGUAUUACUUAUUAAUAAAGCGAAAGAAACUUUUGAGACAACCUAAUACUUUCCGCCAAUAUAACCUAUCGAGUGCUGACUUCCCAUAUGCUACGAUCUAGAUUAACAUCUCGACAUCUUAGACCCGGCCAUCUUCCCUCCGAACCCUCGAUUGUACAAUAAAAAUCCCAUUUCGAGUCCCUUAUCAGCAAUUAGAACCCAUCAAGGGUUGUCUUUCGAUAUCUCAACAGUCCCAUUAGCUGCGAAGGAGCAACGACCAGGGUCGCCUCGACGCCAUCUAUCGACAGGAAUCGGUUUCCAUCGAGUCUCGACGGUCGCGUUCGGUUCGCAGUCGCAUUUCGGCCAGCGUUCCUCAUAUACUGUGUCGUGUUCGCGAGUUGUUUUUUUCCCGCAAAGUCGACAUAUUGACCGAUCGUCAACCGUACCUUCUGUCGCGAAAGCCAUACUGGUGUGUGAUUUGUGGUACGAGCAGUGAGUUGUGACCGGAGAAAGGACGCGUUUAUAGUGAACGUUAUUUCACAAUGGGCCACGAUUACCGAACUUGCAUGCGAGUGCCCUCGUGUUAGAAGUUCGCUGAUCAAAACAAUUCUGUUUCUCGUGUUCCGUGCGACAUUGGGUGAUGUGUGUUUAGUGAAGUUUGGCCGAGUCUAACGUUCUCUGGUCGAAGUAGAAAUGUGAGACGUUUACAGAGAUUUUCGGGGAGAUGCUUGCAUGCAAAGCGACCAUAAGGCAAUUUAAAAUUUUUGAACGAUUUGUUGGACGAGUCUACAGUUGACAAUAAUCACGAAAUCUAGAUCUGCUAUCGGGUGUCGAGUGCGAGGAAUAUCAGAGAUCUCCACGAGUGAUUCGGGUGCAACGCUAGCUACCAACCGGAAUUGGCAGAUUUCUUAAAACUGGAUGUAACGCGUGUCGAUUACGAUUGCCGAAAUACGGUGAACGUGUUGUGUGCGAUCUGCUGCGACGAUACACGAUUGGGGUACGGUGCGAAAAAAAGUGAGCGCAGGAAGAUAGCAACAUCAACCGUGGACGGAUAACGCAGAAAAAUGUUCAAGCUCGCUGGACGUCAAGAAUGGGAAGCUUUGACGAAAGAUAUACGGCUGCAGCUGAACGAGCAGCUGAGAUGUCUCGAUAUCAGGAUGGAGGCGCAAGUUGCUCUUGUAGCAGAGCUGCAGGACUUUUUUCGAAAGAGAGCAGAGUUGGAGCUCGAUUACAGCAAGUCUCUCGACAAAAUGGCCAGAAGCAUACAGCUGAGGCACAAGGAGCAGAAACAAAAGCGCGAACAGUGGCCUCUAUUCUCCAGCUACGCCUGCUGGCAGCAACUCAUCAACGAGACAAAAUCCUUGAGCAGAGAUCAUGCAGCUCUUUCAGAAGUCUACAGUACGCACCUCGUGGGUCGUCUCAAUCAGGUGAUGGAAGAUGUACAACGGAUAUACAAGCGUUGCCGUGAAAUAGGGUAUGAGACACACGAGGAGAUCCUCCGAGUGCUACACGAGCUCCAUACAACGAUGAAGACAUACCAGGCUUACCAGGCGGAGUCGAGGCAAGCGGAGACAAAACUCCGCGUCGCCGAGCAGCAGCGCACCAAACUCGAGGUAGCGAUCGCUCCACCUGAGAAGCUUGCGCGCAGCAAGAAAUACAAGCUCAUCGAGAAGGAAGUAAACAAGAGAAAGAGCAAGUACCAAGAAGCGAAGUUGAAGGCGCUCAAAGCGCGAAACGAAUAUAUUUUGUGUCUCGAGGCAUCGAAUACGACGAUACACAAGUACUUUGUGGAUGACCUGUCGGAUCUCAUAGAUUGCAUGGAUUUCGGUUUCCACAAUUGCAUUGCCAGGGCGCUGUUGAUGCAUUGCAGCGCCGAGGAAGGCAGACAACGUUCGUUACAGUCAGGUGCUGAACAAUUAACUGCCUGUGUUGGUGCUUUGGACUCCAGGGCAGACAAGCAGAGGUUUCUGGAGUCUCACCAUGCUGCUUUUAUGAUUCCAAAAAAAUUCGAAUUCCAAGGGCAACGAGGGGACGAGGUACUUAUGACUCCUGAGCCCGAAUUGCAAAAAUUAUUGCAUACCGAGAUGGAACAACGACUAACGCAAUUGCAACAAAGAGUAACGUCUUUAAGAACCGAGUCUGAAGAAGUUUGGAAAACUUUGGAAACGGCAGAAGCCAGCCUUUUAGAAAUGUUGACUGCAAAAGACUACGAUUGCUCCAGAUAUUUUGGAGAGAACGCUGUACCUACCUCGAGACCUCCCGAAACAUUGCAAAUUAAGCUUAGAGCCGAUAGACAAGAAACAGAAGAAUUCUACCUCACGAAAUUCCGGGAGUACCUUCUUGGAACAUCAAGAAUAGCUAGAUUGGACGCGAAGCAAGAAUACAUACGACAGAGCUUGUUGGAUGGCUCUACCGCGAGUGCGAAUACGUCGAUAUCGACAACAAAGCAGAAGCAGGCCAGGAGGAAACGAAUUGGUCGACUCCAAAUGAACGGUCAGCCGAAAUUGUUUGGUGGUUCGUUGGAGGAAUAUUUGGAAAGCACGAACCAAGAAAUACCCCUGAUCAUGAAGAGCUGCAUCAGAGUGAUAAAUCUCUAUGGACUUCAUCAUCAAGGUAUCUUCCGAGUGUCUGGAUCGCAGGUGGAAAUCAACAACUUCCGAGAGUGGUUUGAGAGAGGAGAGGAUCCUUUAGCCGACGUGACAGAUGCGUCGGAUAUUAACAGCGUUGCUGGCGUGUUGAAGCUCUAUUUGAGGGAACUGAGGGAACCCCUUUUUCCUAUCAUUUACUUCGAGCACCUUAUGGAAUUGGCGCAGUUGGAAUCGAAGCAGGAGUUCGUUAACAAGAUGAAAGAAUUGAUAUCGAGUCUUCCAAGACCGGUGGUCAUUGUAAUGCGAUAUCUUUUCGCCUUUCUCAAUCACCUCUCCGAAUUUUCGGACGAGAACAUGAUGGAUCCGUACAACCUGGCCAUCUGCUUUGGUCCCACAUUGGUUCCAGUACCCGAAGAUAAGGAUCAAGUGCAGUACCAAAAUCAAGUAAACGAAUUGAUUAAAAACAUCAUCACCUUCUGCGAAGAGAUAUUCCCAGAGGACAUUGGAGGUACUCAGUACGAAAAAUAUAUUAGUAGAGAACCGGAUGACGUAGAUGUGGGCGACUCGCCGACGGACCAAGUUCAAGAAGAUAUGGACUCCGAGGUGUAUCCAUCCGAGGAUGAAUCUGAAAACCUCGAAGCCACAGCGCAAUUCGAUUUCAAUGCAAGGUCCGAAAGAGAGUUAAGCUUCAAAAAGGGGGAUACCUUGACUCUCUACACACAAGUCAGUAAUGACUGGUGGCGAGGUGCUUUGGCUGGUAGAGAAGGGCUUAUUCCCGAUAAAUAUAUUAUGAUCAAGAUAAAGGAUGAGGAACGCGAGAAGGAACUCUUGAAGUCGUCCAGCGAAGAAUCAAUGAGAAGAAGAACGUCCAGCUCUGCCGACAGCGUGCUCUCGAGCAACAAUUCACCGCUGAUGGGACCAUCGAGCAAUGCAGCUACUUGGUCUUCGGGCACCACGUCCGACGGCCCUGCAACCAUGAACACAGUUGCGACAGACAAUAGCAGCAACAGCGGCGUCGUUCCAGCAGUCGUUGCAAACGUCCCUUGCAUCUCGUCCACGCAACCGAUCAUCAGUCGAGAGGAUUGCAAAGGAGCGAAGGUAUCAGGCACGCCUGAGAAAGAGAAGCACGCGUUUGGUUCCGAGCACCCCAAGGAUACGAUUCCAGUCAUCAUCAGCAACAAUGGAGAGACCGAGAAAAUGUUCAGCGAGGUGCAUCAGCAGCAACAGUGCAACGAAGAGGUGGAAGACGUUGAACGCGUUUCCUCGAUGAGCUUGGACGGGGGAUCGAAGCGUGCAACGAGCAGGAAGCAACACUGGAAGUCCCAGAGCAUGGGGGAUUCGGUGCAGCAGACUGCGAACCCUUUGCAAGCGAACAACGCGGUAGGCCAAGGCGAGGAGCUGCAGGAGCAGCCAACCUUCUCGGCAAAUCGCGAACUCUGGCAGAGGAGGGCCACGUCGCAGACCCAGCUGAACCCUCCUGCACCUCCUAAUCACAAGCUAUUUCGUAGUUCUCAAGAGUUCCGCGAGAUGCGUCAGAAGCACACGCCAGACCUCGUGAUGGACCUACCUUUGUCGGCGCAAGACGCGAGCAAAAAGUCUGCCUCGUCUGGCAGUUUGAGCAGCUCCGACGAAGAGACUCCUGUUCAACCUUGUCGCGCUGAAGCAGCCACUUCUCCUACCGGAGGUCCCGAAUCUCCAGACAUGAGCACAGCUGCUGAAAGAUUCGCCAAGCAGAACCAGUGCACGCUCAAGAAAAACACGAAGACGAAUCCUGAAGGGUCGAAGCUGAAGCGCCUGGAGACUGAGAACGAUCCUGAACAAGAGUCCGAGGAGAUGGUCAGGUCCGCCAGCUCCAAUCAGCUGUCCGACUCGAUAUCCAUCAGGUCUCCGCGCUCCACGCCGAAGAUCGUCGCGAAAUUCGCGGACAUGCACUUAACAGGCGGCAGCCAGGUGUCCUCGUUCAAGCCCCAGGUUAAGGUGAAGCCUACGAUCCUGAAGAAACCGGUGCUACCGUUCCCGCAUCCUCACAUGAGCCCCGAGCUGGCGAGAAAGAUCGAAAAGCAGGCGCAGAGCGCGGAACAGACGAAUUAAUUAUGUUUGCCAGGGAGUCAGGAAAAGUCCAGCAGAGAAUAUUUAUUUUCAGCGAGCCACGGGCGUCUUGCGAGCUCGUGAAUCCGUCAGCGACUCCCCCGUUGACCAGGUACUCCGCCCAAUCGCGAGGACUCUAAGCGUGUGUUAGUUACUGUGCCCAAGAUGAAAGGAAAGCCCCCAGGGAGGCAGCGUCGCGCCUCGACGAGAGCAAUCGCCAAACCAUGGUGUUCCAGAAACGAGGUUGGAUGCUGCCUCGGGCCGAGUUUAUUUUUUCUACGACUAUUUUCCAUUUUCGCAUAAUUUUUUUACCAAAUGAUAUCCGCGAAACGAUGUUUCUAGUCAUCGAGCGACGAUAGAGAAACGUUGAGAGAAAUGUGUGAGCGAGAAGGUACAUCGAAUAAAAUACAAUUUUCGAGUUUAAAUAGUGUGCGUGCGUGCGUGCGUGCGCGUGUGUGUGUGUGUGUGAAAGAGAGAGAAAAAGGUCGGAGAGGGAGAGAGAUUGAGAUGAUUUUAUACGUUGGACGAUAGGUGUAAUUUAUUGCAUAAGGAUAUUGCUCCUCAACGUGUACGAUGAUGUUUGCAACAAACGUGUACGAUGUUCCUUUAAAAUGCACACGCGAGCGAGUAUGAGUUUUAAAAGACUUUUCCAGAUGUUUGUUUCUUAGGAGAAUGUGUGAAAUGGUAAUUGGGACGGUGGUCCCGAUUAUUUGGACAUUAUAUGUAACGUUACGGGCGUUUUAUUAUUAUGAACUAUACGAGAAUGAUGUAUAACCGAGUUCUUUGGGUGUAAUUCGUGUUCUUUGGGGUGAGAUUAUUCGAUGGUUCAGCAGGAUUGUAGCUGGGCUCUUCACGGGGCAAACGACGCAUUGAUAUAGCUAUGUAGAAGUAAGUCAGACUUAAAUUGAUAGAUAAUAGAUAAUACUUGAGAAUUACUAUGUUUUCCAUCGUUCAAAUUCUUCUUCUGCAUCUGUGAAAAUAUGAAUUUACAUAAACAUCCGCGGUCUAAUUAUAGAUAUGAUAUUAACAAACUUUGAAUGAAUAUAUCUUCCAAACUGAACGUGAAAGAGAAUUACGGUUUGGAGCAUUGUUUUUCUGAUAAAUUGUAUUAAAUGAAAGCACAUGGUCAUUGGUUCUUUCCCAAUUUAAAGAACGCAGACUCUAUCUAGAUCUAACCUAGUAAAUAUCACUUUGUCUAAUUUGACUCUCGAGGACUCUAGCUACAACAUGCCUCAAAAUAUUAGAGUAUCUUAUCCAAAGAACACGACUUACACCUACAAACCUUGAUUAAUAUCACCCAUGAAGAACCAGGUCAUGAAAGCCUGAAAUAUCUUAUAUGAAAAUGAUGUUCGAUAUAUUCGAUAAUAAUAAGUGUACAAUAAUGCACGAGUAUUUAACGGUUCGACGUCGUCUGUUUUAGGUCUGUACUGAUUAUUCUGCUAUGAAAUUCAACGAAAUAGGAAAAAAAAACAAUGUAAACGUGUCGACGUAUUCAUACCCUUUCCUGUAUCCGAUUUAAAAAAAAAAAAAAAAAAACAUUGUACUCGUUUAUCGAAUAAUAUGCAUACAGUAACCCGAUACUAAUGCGCAGAGAUUCUGCAAUUAUAUUUGGAAAAGGAAAACACUCGAAACGUGCGUCCAAAGUAACGAGUUCGGUUAGAGUGGCUAACUUAAUACUCUUUAUAGUUACUGAUCAAGUAUUAAGACGAAUAUUAUCGCAUUAUACCUACCGCAAUAAGAAUAUUAAAGCCAAUCGAUUGUCGCCUUUUCCAGUUUGUAUCAUAUCUGUUGGAGGAAUACCUCUAUUUUUACGAAUGCGUUCAGUUUUAAGUAACAAAACGUUUGUGUUUUAACGAUCUGUUUCUUACGCUUUAUGCUGAAUUGUUAUUUUCGAGAGGAUUCAGUGUAAUUUCACGCGUAAUUGAACUCUUGUUGCGUUUUUACAUCCGUUUUUAACGUUCGAGCAGACGCAGGUGCCUAAUUUGACGAUUCUCUCCGUUACGAUUACUGGUAUUUAAUAAAGAAAACUUGCAGGCUGCA